AUUGAAAGUAUAAUCCUAGACAUGUCAAAAGUUCGAGAUAUUGAACUAAGUUCUAGUGCAUUUGAGAGGAUGAGCAAACUUAAAUUCAUAAAAUUCUACGGCCCUUGUUACGAAGAAGGAAUUUCUAAUUAUCAACAAAACAAAAUCUUUGAUCCAUGUGGAAAUAUAAACAUCUCUCUCUCAAGAGAGCUCCGGUUUUUACCAAAUGACCUAAGAUAUUUGUAUUGGCAUAAAUACCCUUCAAAACAUCUGCCCAUGAAUUUUCUCCCACAAAAUCUUGUUCACCUUCAUUUGAUGUAUAGCCAGAUUCAACAACUUGGCGACAAAAAUCAGUGUCUCGUAAAUUUGAGAUUCAUGGAUCUCAGCUAUUCUAUGGAUCUACUGAAAAUACCAGACUUGUCCGAAUUACCUAAACUUGAAAUUUUACGUUUGAGAGGUUGUGCAAGUUUGGUUGAGAUUUUUUCAUCUAAUCAACUUGAUAGCAAGCUUUCACAUAUCGAUCUUGGACAUUGCAAAAGGCUCGACAUUAUUCCAAGUUUUCUUCAUUUGAAAAAUCUUAAUUUUCUAUCUCUUGAAGGUUGUUCAAAUAUCAAUGAGUUUCCAAAAGUUCCUAGGAAUAUAAAACAUCUUGUCUUAAAUAGAACUGCAAUAGAACUAGUUCCUUUCUCAGUCGGGCGACACACUUUACUCACUAAGUUAUCUCUGAAAAAAUGUACAAGGAUCAAACUUCUUCCAAACUGUACGGCUGAGUUGAAAUGUCUUAAAGAUCUUAAUCUUAAUGGAUGCUCACAACUAGAAAGUCUUCCAGAUAACAUUGGUAAGUUGAAGUGUCUAAAAUAUCUUUGGCUUAACAAAUGCUCAAAGCUUAUGAAUCUUCCAGAUGGCAUCUGCAACUUAAAGUCUCUUAAAGAACUUAGUGUAAAACGGUGUCAACAUCUUAAAGAAUUACCAGAGAACUUGGGAGCUUUAGAAUCUCUGAAGAGGCUUUAUGCAAGCAAAAGUGGUAUAAAAAGGAUACCACCCUCCAUCAAUGGCUUGACCAAACUUGUUGAGUUUGAAUGCGAUGGAUGUGAAGGAUUGGUAUUAACUCCUUUCACUGGUUUGUCCUCUCUAGUGCAUCUUUCUCUACAAGAUUGUGGCAUGAUAGAAUUUCCGAGCAAUAUUUCCUCUUUAAUUUCAUUACGUGCAUUGACUUUAAAUGGAAAUAAUUUGGAGAUGCUGUCUACGAGCUUCAAAAAACUUUCUAAGUUGCAAUAUCUAGAUUUAAGGAACUGUAAGAGGCUUAAAUGUUUAUAUGAUCUUCCAUCCGCCCUAGAAUACUUACUUUUAAAUAACUGCACAUUGCUAGAACUACUGCCAUCAUCUGUCACAAAAGGAAAUAUGACUUCCUUAUGGUGCCUUGAUGCUACUAAUUGUGCUAAUUUGGAUCAGAAUGAGUGCAUAUCGAUCGCAAAUAGUAUGUUGUUGAGAUUGGAAAUCCUUUUGCCACGGCUGAAAAGCUUUUCGAAUUAUAUUUCUCAGAUUAUGGUUCAACACAAUGUUAGAGUUUGUACAUAUGAUACUGGGCUGCACUUUUCUGGUGGUCAAGUUCUACCAAAAUUGAUGCAUCAAAAUAACAACGGUUCAUCUUUGCUAUUGUCAUUGAUACCAGGGUCCCAUGACUUUAUGGUUCUUGCUGUUUGUGCAGUUGUUGCAUUCAUAGAUACACCUUCUGAAGAUUGUGAUUCUGAUCACUGUUCAAUGCGCAUAAAAUGUGAAUGUAGAUUCAUGGCCGAUUCUGGACAUACCCUUUGUUUUGAAAUAGUAGACCCGGAUUAUCCUUUCCUAAAGAAAUCGUGGGACAAGGUUCUUGGAUCAGAACACACUUCCUUGUGGUGUUCAUCUGUUCUUUUCACACAAUCAAAAUACAGUUUCAAUAAUGCCUCUUUUCAAUUUUACCCUGUAUUCUACCAUGAAGGCCAAAGCCACGUAAUCUCUACUGCAGUGGUAAUCAAGUGUGGAGUUCAUAUAUUAUAUGAUGAUAAUCACAUUGGCCCCCUUACACUUGAAGAUAACUUUGCCCCCCUUGAUGUACCUAUGGCAUGGGGGAGUUUCUGCAUCAAACCAUCGUAUAGUGUCCGAAUCACAGAGGAUGAUGAAGAAGAAGGACUAAGUAGCAGCUACUAGUCAUACAAAAAGGCACGGUUUUUCAUUUUUAUUAUUUUUGGUAAGCUCAUGAUAAUGCUGGUUUAUACAGUUUUCCUAGAAUAAGAACUUGUAUCGUAAUUUAAA